CACUGUCAUUUGUUAGGUGACUUGCAGGCUUUUUUGGAUUUGCAGAUUAAAUACAGUUGAGUAUCAGAUGGGGUGAUCUCCAAGCAUCAUUUCAUUAGAUGGAAGGAAGCUGAAAUGGCUGGAAGCAGAACAGACAGAAUUUACCGUUCCAUCCUUCUUACAAAGUUUUUCACAAAAGGAUGGGGCAAGCCAGAGAGCCUCAAGAGGCUCUUUCAGUUCCGCAAGGUCAUGAGUGACCGAGAGAAGUGCAUGCAGCUCGUGGAUCGUGAUCAUCCUGUGACGAUAACAAAGGAGCAGCGCUAUCAGGAGUACACGCUACUGGAGGGCCAGUUCCAGUCGCCGUUCAGCCGCCACUGUCCCGGCCUGCUGCCCGAGGUGGCUGAACCGGCGUACUUCCAGGCGGUGCUGCCCAACCAGUGGCCGACCCGACUGCGACCCACUGUCAUACAUCUGGCCGGCACCGGUGACCAUUUUUUCUGGAAGAGGCGAAGUUUGUUGGCGCGACCUUUACUCAGGGAUGGCAUUGGCUCCAUAAUCUUGGAAAACCCGUAUUAUGGCCUCCGGAAGCCGGCUGAGCAAGUCCGUUCGUGCCUGCGCAGCGUCUCCGACCUGUUUGUGAUGGGCGGCUGUCUGAUGCUCGAGUCGAUGGCACUGCUCCACUGGGCAGAGCGCAGCGGUCUCGGACCACUCGGCAUCACAGGCAUCUCUAUGGGCGGACACAUGGCGUCGCUGGCGGCCUCCGUGUGGCACAAGCCGAUAUCGCUGGUCCCGUGUCUCUCCUGGACCUCAGCGUCGGCCGUCUUCACCAGCGGAGUGUUGAGUAACGCCAUCAACUGGGAGCUGCUGGAACGGCAGUACGUCUCGGACACCGUCUACCGCAACGAACUGCUCAAGAUGAUUCAGGAGAUCGGCUGCGCCUCGGUGUCUCUGCCGUCUGCCCCGCGGCCCAGCAGCGCGGAGGGCGACCAUUUCCACGCGGGCCGCCAGUUCGCGCGCGGCUUUCCGGACGAGAUGGCCGAGGUAACCCGGGUGGCUGAGCAGAUGGUGGCCGACCGGGGCGCCGAGCCGCGCGGCCGCUCCCUCGCCCAGCUGGCGCUCGUCAGCCCGCUGGCCAGCCUGGUGCGAUCCAAGCCGAAGCUGGUCCGUCCGUCCGCACAGGCGUCCUCCUCCCGGCCGGCCACCAUGAUGGAGGCGUACAACUUCAUGAGGGGUAUCAUGGACGAGUGCACGCACCUGGCCAACUUCCCCGUGCCGGUGGACCCCGAGCUGGCGCUCAUCGUGCAGGCUCGUGACGACGCGUACAUCCCCCGGGAGGGUCUGACCAGUCUGACCGAGCUGUGGCCGGGCAGCAAGGUGCGCUUCAUCGACACGGGACACAUCGGCGCCUACCUCUUCAACCAGGACACCUUCAGAGAGGCGAUCGUCGACACGUUUGAAAAGAUGAUAAAGAAGUACAAUCUGAAGGACAGCAGCGAUUAUAUCACGAUGAAGACUGAUGUCAAACAGCAGCAGCAGCAGCCUGCCGAAGAUGAGAAACAGCGGUCUCGUAUCGCGAUGAAGGCUGGACGUGUCAAACAGCAGCAGGAGCCUACCGAGGAUGAGAAGCAGCGGCCCCGCGACGCCUCCCAGGUUGGGGCCUAACUGACGCGUCACUGGCGGGGUCCUGCCAGGCUGUGCAAUAUCAACAAACUUGAGCUUAGGACGAGCAGUAACCCCUCCCGCCCCGCGGGGGAUAUGAUUCGGUCUUUUGUGUACCGAUUGUGCGCUCAAUAGUGGGUUUGCCAUGCUGAAGUGAUAAUUAGCUAGCAAACCAUUGUGGCAGAUUGUUCACGUGAGUCAGAUUCAGUGCAACUUGGUUAGGCGGCUUGGAAUUUUGCAGUUCAUCCGCUUUAGUCAUUGGUUUACUUACAAGGCUGUACCGUAGACCUCCGUUACACCGGUAUGCGAAGGUCUAUAACUGUAACUUUGUUUGGUGUGAUGUAGGCUUGGGACAAUUUUUUGUUAUUUAGUUGUACAUUGCGACGGUAGGAUAUAAUCCAUCGUCGGUGCGACAUGCUUCCCUCUGUGCCAGAGCGCGUGAGAAGUCCAGAUAAUAAGGAGUGUUUUAUAGCUCCACGAAUUAGCGGUGGCUGUGGCCCUGUAGGUCGCUCCACGGGCUACUCCUUUCGAUGGCAGUGUUUUACAACUCGAAGCAUUAUAUUGUGUGAUGUUCUGAGUUCUGACAGCUGGGCAAGGUGUUCGAGAUGAACAAAACAUACUGCCAUGGCCGCAUUCGGCUGCUGUUCAGGUAGUACACACAAAACGGUGCAAAUAAUACAAGAACGGUUUCCAA